GCAGCACCCGGGAAACUCCUGCAUCCGGGCAGGCGGUGGCUCUGGAUCCACUGCCCACAUCCCGCUCUCGCAGGCAGACAUGAGGGCAGAGAGAAUGGGCCCCCUCCUGGCUCUGGGGCUCCUGCUGGCUGGGCUCUGCUCCAGGGUCCACUGCCUCCCGGAGAAUGUGACCCCAGAAGGACAGCACAAAGGGACGGCUGUGGAUGACCAUGUAUUAGCCUCAAGCAAUACCGACUUCGCCUUCAGCCUCUACAAGCAGUUGGCUUUGAAGAACCCCAAUGAGAACGUCAUCUUCUCCCCUCUGAGUGUCUCCAUAGCCUUGGGCUUCCUGUCCCUGGGGGCCCGUGGCUCCACUCUGACGGAGAUCCUGGAAGGUCUCAAGUUCAACCUCACGGAGAUCCAGGAGACAGAGAUCCACCAGGGCUUCCAGCACCUCCUGCAGACCCUCAAUCGACCCAGCAAUGAGCUGCAGCUGAGCGUGGGCAACGCCAUGUUUGUGCAGGAGGAGCUGAAGCUGCUGGACAAGUUCAGGGAAGACGCCCAGGUGCUAUACUCCUCCGAGGCAUUCCCCACUGAGUUCAGCGAUUCCAAUGCUGCCAUGAAGCUCAUAAACGACUAUGUGAAGAACAAAACCCAGGGGAAAAUUGAAGACUUGUUCAAGAACCUUGACCCCCUCACGAAGAUCAUCCUGGUGAAUUACAUCUACUUUAAAGCCAGGUGGCAGAUCCCCUUUGACCCCAAGCGCACUCAGCAGGCAGAGUUCCACGUGAGCGAGAAUGAGACGGUGCAGGUGUCCAUGAUGAACAUUGCCCUGGUGAUCCCUUACUUCCGGGACGAGGAGCUGGGCUGCACGCUGGUGGAGCUCACGUACACCAGCAACGACAGCGCCCUCUUCAUCCUCCCCGACGAGGGCAAAAUGCAGGACCUGGAAGCCAAGCUGAUCCCGGAGACGCUGACGAGGUGGUGAAACUCCCUGCAGCCCAGGUGACUCCCCAGGGCCUAG